AUGGGAUCUUUUGCUUAUGUAAUGGAUGUAAAUGCGUCUCUGCAAGUCCCCAUUAGGAUUCCAUCUUCAAAGAAACAAUCCAGCAAGAAAUCUUCUUUUCCAUUGACACCAGGCCACAGGCUUGCAAUGUCUGAAUGUGGCUGUGAUUCAAGAAGAGAAUUCAAUGGUUUUGAGGCAUUUCGGGUUCUAAAAAAUUCUGAUGGCAAUGAUAGAAAGGUGAUUGGGAAAAGUAGGAGGGAUAGUUUUUCAGUGUCUAAAAUUUGGCUUAGGGGAAAGAAGGAUAAAUCAAAUUCAGCCACAGUGGAGGCAUCUAGACGAGCAUUUUCUUUCCGAUUUCCAGUUCACCGAAAUGCGGUGGCUGAGGCCAAGACUGGUGGCGGAAGUGGGGGUGCUAGGAGGACAGUUUCUGAAAUUGAUAUUAGCAGGUGGGAAAAUGGAGGGAGUGAAUUUGGCUGUGAUGAGGAAAUCCGGAGCUGUAACAGUCUUGAUUCUCAACCAAAUCAGCCAUCUUUUGCAAAGAGGACUCUACUUUGGCUUAUGGGGACACAAAACAAGGUGGUUCAAUCAUCUUUUUCAUAUAAUGUUUAG